UGGAGUCCUUUUUUACUCUUCUGCAGGUCGUAAUGGCCAUCAUCAAUUUUUGGGGGGCUAAUGACUCUUGUAGCCUUCAAGGAGAGUCUGAAAACCCACAACUUUCAAAGGAUGGUGAUAUUAUAGUUGGAGGGAUUUUCCCUUUUCAUAGCAGCUGGGAAAUUCGAGAUGUGUCUUAUUUGGUGAAGCCACAACCACCAGAAUGCAGGAGUCUUGACUUUAAAGGAUUCCAGUAUUCACAGUCCUUAAUUUUUGCAACAGAGGAGAUAAACAACAGUUCCUCAUUACUGCCUGGUGUCUCACUUGGGUACAAGAUAUAUGACACAUGCAGAUCUACGGCGAUGGCAGUUAGAACAGUCAUGGCACUUGUUAAUGGAAAUGAGAAGAUGGUAUUGGAUGAGCCCUGCACAAAGCCAGCCCAGGUACAAACCAUAAUCGGUGACACAUACUCAUCAGCAUCUAUGGCUAUAGCAAGUAGUAUUGGACCGUUCAGGAUUCCCAUGAUCAGUCACUAUGCCACCUGCAACUGUCUAAGUGACAAAGGGAAAUAUCCAUCAUUCCUGCGCACUAUUCCCAGUGAUUACUACCAGAGCAGAGCACUGGCAGAAAUAGUCAAGCAUUUUGGUUGGACCUGGGUGGGUGCAAUAAGAAGGGAUGAUGACUAUGGAAACAAUGGAAUGGCUGCAUUUACUGAAGCUGCAGAACAGCUGGGCAUAUGUCUAGAAUAUUCACUUGCAUUUUUUAAAACUUAUUCACAAGAAAAAGUGCUGAGAAUAAUUCAGCAGAUCAAAAGCUCUACAUCUCGAGUGAUUGUGGGAUUUCUUGACGACAUGGAUUUGGAGAUUUUGCUUCGUGUGUUUUCUGAACACAACAUAACUGGAUAUCAGUGGGUGGGAACUGAGGCCUGGAUCUUCGAUCCAGUAUUGGCUGCACUGGAUAAACACAACAUAUUGCAGGGAGCCAUAGGACUAGCUAUACCCAAAACAACAGUCACAGGUCUCAAAGAGUUCAUUCUGGACAUACACCCACUGAAAUCUGCUGGCCGUGAAAUUUUCCCUAAAUUCUGGGAAGCUCUGUUUAUGUGUAAAUAUGCAAUAAAGAAUGACUCUGAUGAUACAACAGUGUGCACAGGUGAAGAGAAAAUAUCUGAGGUGGAAAACACAUUCACAGACAUGUCAACGAUGCCCAUUUUCAGUAACGUGUAUAAAGCAGUAUACGCUGUUGCCCAUACUCUACAUGACCUUCUGGGCUGCACACAAACAUGUCCAACAAAGAAGCAGCCUGAUCCUUUCACAUUUUUAGAACAUCUCAAAAGGGUGCAUUUCAAAACCAAAGAUGGGGAAGAAGUUUAUUUUGAUGAAAAUGGUGAUCCCCCUGCAAAAUAUGAUAUAAUAAACUGGCAGAAAGGUGAAGAAAAUCAACAUGAAUUUGUCACUGUCGGUUUGUAUGACUCCUCUUUUCCUGCUCAAAAUCGAUUAGCAGUAAACAUGGCUUCUAUUGUGUGGGCACAAAAUAAUAAUCAGGUGAGUAAAAGCUGCACCUUUCAGUCUCACUAAAAGAAUAACUCAAACAUUUUUAGGCAACUGAAUAUUUUCUUUGAUCACAGGUGCCGGUGUCUGUGUGCAGUGAGAGCUGCCCUCCAGGCACCAGGAAAGCUGUGCAGAAAGGAAAGCCUAUCU